AAAAUCUGUAGAAGCCUACUAUGAUUUCUACUCAAAUUGCAAUACUAUAUUAAAUGGAGCUUCGUUAAUUAUCAAAGACAGUAUAUCAAUUGAGAAAUUAUUAAAUGGCGGUACAUGAUCAAAAUCCAAAUUAAUUAAAAUUUAUCUUACUCUUAUUAUAAUAUUCUUGCAAGUCUUUUUUCUAAUCUCGGAGAUUUGAUUGAAAUUACUGGUUACCAGCUAGCAGUGUCUUUUAUUCCAAAUAACUAAUUGGGCCGGUUGCAUGUAAUUUUAGAUUGACAUUGUCAACAAAAUUGACUGUUUCUUUUCCCCCUUUCAUAAUUUCAUAGGCCCCAUGGAACAAAACCAUUCAUGAUAAAAGUCCUAUCAUUCAUGGCUCCAUUUCAUAUAAUAUUGGACUGCGUUUCUUUUUUAUCACACUGUUUGAAGUUUGCUUUUCUACUUUAUAGCAAUUUAUUUAGUAUACAAUUCUUAAUUAGGAUUUUGAAAUAAAUAAUAAAUAAGAUAAAUUCCACUUAGAUCCUUCUACAAUUUUAGUUACCUUCUAAUUUAUGUAACAGAUUUCUCUUAGCUUUAGGUAUUUAAUGGAGACAAACAUAAUUUAUUGAUUUUAAUAGCAAAAAAUUGAUAGAACAUCAAUUUUGCCUUUUUGGUGUCCGAAAACAAAUAUUUCAUGAGCAAAAUAGUAAAAUAGAUAGACCGUCAUUAAUAAGUUACACUGGUUUGAAAAACUUAGAAAAUAUAAGUGAAAUUUAUUUUUAUAAUAAAUAUAAGAAGCAUGAUUCUUAUACCGAAUAACUGCAGUAAAUUGUUAGAUCUACUCUUUUAAAUGGUCAAUUAUGUAACAAAUAAGGAAGUGGAGUCCUCCGCUUAGUUGUGUUUGGUAUAAAUAUCUAAUUAAAAAUUAUUGGAUUACACAAUUCACUAUAAAUGUUCAGUAUAAGUAUCACUACUCAAAAUAUAAAAAGAAAAAGAAAAAAAAAAGAAAAGAAAAAAAGAAUAGAACUCAAUCUUUGGCCGAGAUGAUCCGACGUCUUAAUUCAGGUUCAUAAUUUGACUUACAAAUAAACAGGUCUAUCUGAAUUUUCAGCUUCCCGUCCAGCCCCAUAACUAUUUCCUCCUUGAUGGUGAGGAAAACAAUUGGAUUUAGACUUUAGAAGGAUUUUACUAUAUAGACCACAGUAGACACCCAAACAUGAUUUACUGGUCGGAGUCACGUGAACAAUAUGAUGGAAUAAUGUUCUUCAAGAAAAGUAUAUAUAUAUAUAUAUAUUUUUUUCCGGCAGCUAGAAAAGUAUAUCUGCACCUAUGAUUGGAGUUCUGAAAUUUUAUUCCACUGCCAUUUCAGAGUCAAGAUAAUGGAAAAGUCAAAUGCACUGUAUUGAACAUAUUACUUUUAAAAUUUUAAAUUAAAAGAUAUCUAGGACAGAAUUAGCCCGUGAUCAACUUUAUUAUGGCCUAGAUAGUUUGGGAUAUAAUUUUCAUUCUUUUUAGUCCAAUCCCAUUUAUUUAUUUACUUAUUUAUUUUUUUUGGGAGUAAAUGAUCCAAUCUAUAACUUAAUAAACUCUAGAGAGAUUACGGUGUUGUAAAGUGGAAAAAGGCUUUGUCUUAUUGUCCCUAAUUAUGAUUCUAGAUUGGAAUUCUCUUUUCUUUAACUACACUAAUUACGAAUUUUCCUUAUUAGGUUAAAAAAAAAAAAAAAAUUUGACCUAAUUUAUGUAUUAAAAGGGACCAUAUUACAAUAGAAUUAAGUUUGGAUCUGGAUGGGCUAGCUUGACUUGGAACUAGUUUAAUAGCGUUUCUCAAUUAAGUAAAUAAAUCAAUCUAAGGAGGUUAUAAAAUGAGUGUCAUAACUCUGAAACAUUUUAACAGUGCAUAGGAAGUGUUAGGGGCGCACAAAUAUGCCAUAACACUUGGAAAAACGGAAUCAUAACCUAACGUAGACUUCUUAGAUGAGGGUGUUUAAGAGUGUAUCAGAAGAGAUUGACUUGAUCAAUUUAACUUUUAGUAUUAUUGAUAAUUUAUAUAGUUUUAAAUUCAUUCAAAAGCUUAGACUAGGCUUGUUUGGUUCAGAAUUUUUUUUUACAAAAAAAAAAAAUAAAUAUAAAAAAAUUAUACAAAAAAAUAUAUGUUUGGUCAACAGUUUUUAAAAUUAUUUUUUGAAAACUAAGCUAGAAAAGGUAUGGUUUUGAUAGUUUGAUCAAAAUGAGAAAAUUAUACAAAAAUUUAUUUGGUUGGUAGUUUCUAAAAAUUAUUUUUUAAAAUUUUAAUUUAAAAUUUUUGUAAUUUUCUUUAUUUUUGAGUUCUUGAGAAAUUUUUUCCAAGUAACAAACUAAACUAGCCCUCUGUUUUUUAAAAAAUUAUUUUUUAUAAUUUUUUAAAUUAUUGAGAAUUGCUUUCUAAAUAAAAAGAAAAAAGAAAAAAGAAAAAGAAAAAGAAAAUAAAAAUUCGGUGGCGGAGAAUUUGUACGUGUCAACAGCAUGCCAUGAAUUCAACUUAACAAUUUUCCAAGCAACAGUUAAUUAGUCAUCCAUAUCAGCAGCCAUCUCUGUCUCUGUCUCUCUCUGAAAAUUCUAAAUAAAUUAAGUUCACGUUUCUUUGUCAAAGCAAAUGGGCUGGUUUAUCUGUUUACAUUACAUCAGGACAGAACCUUCCCAUCUCUUUGUCCUUUUGAAAGGCCCUCAACUCAUUAACAUCAAUCAAUAACCCACCAACCCACACCUCCAUCUCACCAAAUUCUCUCUCUUUUUCCAUUCAUGAAUCAUGAUAUUUUACAAAUGUAUGCCCAACUCUUCUCUUUAUCCCUCUCUCACUACUGCUCCACCAUCUUCUUAUUAUUAUUCAUCACCACCUUCUCAACAUCUCAAUCUGAAGACCAUGAAAUGUUCUCGGAGUGCAGAAAUCAAACCUACAACUGUGGCCAAAACAUAAAAGGCAUAGGGUACCCUUAUUGGGGUGAUGGACGACCCCAGUACUGUGGCCAUCCACUGUUCCAGCUCAAGUGCCAAAACAACGACUACCCGGUUAUAGACAUCGAUGAUCAUACCUUCCGUGUACUAGGGAUCAACUCAUCCGGUUACACCAUGACUAUGGCACGGUUAGACCUAUGGUAUAAUCACUGUCCUCAGACAUUGACUAAUAUAACUUUGAACACCACCUUCUUUGGCUAUCCUUCAACUGUCCGAAACCUGUAUUUAUUCUACAACUGCACCUCAAAUUUUACCAUAGACUUCGUGAGCAGGAACAACUUCACAUGUGACUUCGAUGGUUCUAGUGAAAGUAACGGCUUUUACGCGGACGAGUCAUUCUUGAGGAUUCAACUGAACGGGAAUGACGGGACCUCAUGCGAAGAUGGAAUUGAAGUUUCGGUUCUCAAGACGAGUUUGGACGGACUUUGGAAUGGCUCGGUGAAUCUGCAAAAAGCUUUGAAUUUAGGGUUUGAGGUUAUCUAUAAUACAGACGAUUUCCAAUGUGCGGCGUGUGAGACCUCCGGUGGGACUUGUGGAUUCAAUCUUGCUACGCGCGAAUUUGUCUGCUUUUGUCACGACCAGCCUCACCGUCGAACUUGUCAAGACCGUGGUAAUAAAUUGACCAUGCGACUGAAGUUGAUAAUAGGAGUUGUUUCUGGCGGAAUUGGAAUGCUACUAAUGAGUAUCAUUAUCUGCUACACUCGAUCAAAGACAUAUUCAUAUAGAUCAAUCAUAUUCUGGAGGAAGCAAAUAAAUGAUAAUCGGAAUUUUGAGGCCUUUAUUAGAAACUAUGGAUCGCUGUCUCCAAAACGAUAUAGCUAUUCAGAAGUCAAGAAAAUGACAAACGCUUUCAAAGAUAAACUUGGUCAAGGAGGAUAUGGUUGUGUGUACCAAGGAAAGCUAGUUGACAAUCGUCUUGUGGCUGUGAAGCUUCUUGAUGCAUCCAAAGGAAAUGGAGAAGAUUUCAUCAAUGAGGUUGCAAGCAUUGGUAGGACUUCACAUGUUAACAUUGUCACUUUUUUGGGUUUUUGUCUUGAACGAAGCAAAAGAGCUCUCAUUUACGAAUUCAUGUCUAAUGGAUCUCUUGAAAAGUUUAUAUAUGGUGAAGGUCUUUCGAAGAUCAAUGGACAUUUGGGCUGGGAAAAAUUAUAUCAAAUUUCAAUUGGAAUAGCUCGAGGACUUGAGUACUUGCACCGUGGGUGCAGCCAACAGAUACUGCAUUUUGACAUAAAACCUCACAACAUUCUUCUUGAUGAGGAUUUUUGCCCAAAGAUCUCUGAUUUUGGACUUGCAAAAUUGUGUACCAAGAAAGAGAGCAUUAUAUCAACGUUGGAAGCUAGAGGGACGAUAGGAUAUAUUGCUCCCGAAGUGUUCAGUAGAAACUUUGGACGAGUAUCUCAUAAGUCCGAUGUUUAUAGCUACGGAAUGAUGACACUAGAAAUGGUUGGAGGAAGAAAGAAUGUCGAUAUUGGGGAGAGCCAUACCAGCCAGAUAUAUUUUCCACAUUGGGUUUAUAAGCGCCUUGAGCUAGACGAAGAGCUAGGAUUUCAGGGUGACAUGACAGAGGAAGAAAAUGAAAUGGCAAGGAAGAUGAUAUUUGUAGGGUUAUGGUGCAUACAGACUGAUCCCUCACAAAGGCCAUCUAUAAGUAGGGUGUUGGAAAUGUUGGAAGGAAGCAUAGAGGCCCUGGAAAUUCCACCGAAACCCUACUUAUAUUCUCCUUCAAGAUCAGCAGCAGAAUCUUCUACUACGUGACCAAUGCUUUAAAUUUUUGUUAAAAUUAUUUAUCAUCCAUUUUGUCUAGUCAUUUGCUCACAAAUAUAACAGAGCAUAUUAUGACAAGAGUCUGGUUAUGAGAAUCAAAUCUUGAAGGCCAUGUAUACAGCUUAUUGCACCAUAUAAAUUCUGUAUUUUUAACAGACGGAGAAACUCUCUUGUUCAAUUCU